UCGGCAACCAUGUCAAAUCGCCAACAGAUCGACUCUGUCAUUGAUGAUGACGACGAGUUCUGCCCCCUGUGCAUUGAGGAAUUCGACCUGUCCGACAAGAACUUUAAGCCGUGUCCCUGUGGGUAUCAGAUUUGCCAAUUCUGUUACAAUAACAUCAAAACCCACAGUGAAGAAGGCCGCUGUCCCAACUGCAGACGGGUUUACGAUGAGAGCACCAUACAGUAUAAGGUUCCUGAUGCAGACGAAUUUAAAGCGGACUUGGCAUUAAAGCAUCGAAAGGCUGCCGCUGCGAAGAAGAAGGAGGCGGAAAAGCGCGAGAUCGAGGCUUCGAGUCGGAAGAACUUGGCUGGUGUGAGGGUCGUGCAGAAGAACUUGGUCUAUGUGAUUGGCCUCAACCCCACCAUACGCGACGAAAGCCAGCUCCUCCAGACGCUUCGUGGACGGGAUUAUUUCGGCCAAUAUGGAGAGAUCGAAAAGAUCGUCGUCAGCAAGGCAAAGCCCGGUGGCAACCCCAACCAAGGCAUCGGCGUCUACGUUACGUACUCGAAGAAGUCGGAUGCCGCAACUUGUAUUACUUCGGUGGAUGGAUCUGUAAACGGUGAUCGUGUCUUAAGGGCUCAAUAUGGUACGACAAAGUAUUGCUCCUCCUUCCUGCGCAACGAGCAGUGCCAUAAUAGGAAUUGCACCUUCCUACACGAGACGGGUGAGGACAGCGAAAGCUAUAGUCGGCAGGACCUUUCCUCUAUGAACACCCUUUCCAGUCAACGUCCGAAUGGUGCGCCUAGUGGACCCAGUCAUACGAUCCCCCCACAUGUCGCCCGCUCUUCCGCAAUGCCGCUGUCGCAACCGAUGCGCCGUCAGCCCAGUAAAGACGAUGGUAGUAGCAGCCGCCCUCCUGAUGGGUCCGCCCUUCCUUCUUCGGCAAGUUGGGCGAAUAAGGACUCGGUGAUCAACCGCACAAGACGGGCAAGCCUUACAGCUAGUCAAGCGUCUCAGAGUCCACGACCCGCCAGUGCCACGGUUGCGACCACCACAGAGGAACCGAGGCGUGCCGAGAAGCAACCUGCACCUGUUCAAGAACGCCGCCAAACUCCGCUGCCAGAGACACAGCCUUCGACACCUAGCUCUCCGUCUGAAUCCCAACCGCCCGUUGACCCGGAAGCUCCUCUGUUUGAAAAUUUGAUUAAGGCAGUUAAUUCUCCUGAUUUCAAGUUUGUCUUUUCGGCGGCUGGUCUGCCGGCAGAUGAAGUUGCUCUUAUCGAGAAUCAUCCUUCAUUUAUUGAUCCUUACGGUGGCGUAAAGCGUCGUGCUAUGCGGGAGAAAGCAGAACAAGAACGUGCAAAGCGAGAGCAAGAGCUGCUUCAGUCGGCAGCUGUUGAAGAAGAAACCAGGGAGAGCGGCAGCCUCCAGCUUGGUGGCGAGCCGGAUGAUGCCCAUCCUGCGAGAGGUCGUGGUUCCCGGGAAUCACAUGGUGCUAUCCAGCCGCCUUCACAGCAGGGUACUACAACGAACUCGGUGGUCGGCUCCCCAGUUUCUGCGUCGAGUCAUCAAUUCCAGGGACUGAAUCUGGCUGGCCGGAGUUUGACCCCUCUUCAACAGCAACAACUGAUGCUACUCAAAUCUGCUAGCAAUCAACAGGCCGGCAUUGUGGACCCAUUGCAGAGUGGACUUGGCUCUGCCGCUUUGGAUCAGGCUGCUGUUCGCCAGGGCCUUCUGCAGACCCAGAUGGCACAGCUUAACGCUUUGCAGGCACAGAACCGCCAAAACUCUCGCUUUUCCUUCACCAAUGAUGCCGGAUCGAAGAAUCUUCCUAACGUGCGGAUGCUAAGCCAGCAGGCUUCCUUGAUGCAAUCCGGGACUCCAAACCCGCUUGCUGCACCCAGUCCUCAACAUGGGCUUACUAGCAGCUUCUACACCAGCGGCGUUCAGGGCCCACCUCCGGGCCUGAAGACGGCCGGCACACCCCCCAUUAGUGGAGGAGGAAUGUUUGCUCAAGGUCACGGUUUUACAACAAAUUCGAAUCUUGGCUUGGCUGGUAAUAUUGGGAAGCAGGAGGCCAACCCGGAUUUGAUGCGCGAGCUGCUGCGAAGCCGUAGUGGCACAAAUGCUAGUGGUUUACAGGCACCGGAUGCCGCUAAGCUUGAUGAGGAAUUUCCUCCUCUCGGUGCCACCGCAAAGGACAAGCGUCCGGUGGACAGCUUUGGAUUCCUAGGCCGAUCCCAAUUUCCUACUGAACCCCAAAGCUCCGCACGCGCCGGUACUCCAACAUUGCCGCCAGGUCUUCCCUUACCUCAUGCCCAUCCUGCAUCUGCAUUAUUUCAGAGCCCAUUAAAUCCUUCCAGCCCGGUCUCUGCAGUCUCUGUUCCACCUGGCCUGAAUGUUCCUUUCAAUAGACUUGGGACGCCUUCCCAGAGCUUUCAGGAGACUGUCUCUGGUCGACAGUCGCCGGACGUUAAAAAUACCCAAGACAAUGUAGCCAUUUCAAACCGAGCUAAGAAUGCUUCUGAAAUUUCCUUGGGGUCGCCAGUGCCGAAAUCAGCUAAUAAAGUUCGCUCACAAACCAAGGAUGACCUGACAGUUGCCCCUGAUAAUAAGUCGAGCAAGUCAGGGGGUGUCACUGAAGAGAAGGCAGUAUCCACAACGGCAAAAGGGAAGGCUAUGAAGCUGGAUAUCCCCCUCAGUACAUCUCACGCCCAAGAUAGCACUCCCUUAAAAGGCGAGCAAUUGGCCCAAGCUGCUAGCAGUCAAGUCCCAGCCCCGGCGUCUGCCAUCGGUUCUCGCCCAAAUACACCAUUGACUGGAGUUUCACGUGUCUCUGACUCCUCGGUUCCACGUCAACCCAGGGUUCUUCGCGUUGUUGAUACUCCGAAGACUGAGACGCCCCCUCCUGCUUCGGCCACUCAGUCCAUCUCAUCCCAGCUCGCCGCGGCUAAGGGGCGAUCGAGGAGACCCAGCAUAUCUUCCAUAAGCAGACCUGAUACUCCUGGUGACUAUGGAUCGGAAGCUGAUCUCUACACUUCUGCGUCUGUUUCCCGUGCAAACUCUCCUCCUGCGUCUUCCAGGAUUGGCUCUGCACCUGUACGUGCCAUGACUAAGAGCCAAGCCAAGAAAGAACGUAGACAGAAGGCCAAGGAGAUGGAAGCCAAGAAGCAUGAGGCGGUGUCUUCUAUGGUCGAGGAGCCAGUGCAGGCGCCUAUCAUCGGAAGGAAGCGCAAGACCAAGAAGACCCCGACAAGCAAUCCUGAGUCAACUACCGCAACGCCGGACAAUACCAACGAAGCUGCGAAGCCCAAUACUAGUGGGAAAGAGAUUACUGACAAGGCUGAUCAGCGGGCUGAGACGAAGAAGAACAAAUCGAAGGACAAGGCUACAAAGGAUACUAAGCCCGGCCCUGUCGAAGAGAAGGAGACCCCUGCACAAAAGAGCGCAGCAGAAGCGUGGCGUUCCAACAAUACCAUUGAGCAGCUAAUCAAGGAUUCAGAAGCUGCUGGCGUUCCAAUCAAGGAGCUGUUCUCGGACCGAACUUCUGCGCUGCCGAUGCUGCUCGCCCAGCUCCACAAGGCGGGCAGUCUGGAUCUCAAUGCUCAUCCCUUGUUCAACCCACCUAACCUGACCCAACGUGUGGACAUGAAGUGCACUGCAGACGAUUAUGAACUCUUAAAGCAGCCUGUCGAGUUAACCGAAGAUCACCGCAAAACAUUACUGCGUGGAGAACCAGUUCGGAUCAAUUCUGACUCUACUUUGACUAAAUAUCGCUGUUUGAUCACUCCUCGCGGAUGUGUUCUUCGCCAUUUGGGUCCUGAGGAAGAAGAACGUUAUCUUGAGCUUGAGAGGCGCAUCAGUGCUGCCAUUGAUCCCUUCCCCGAGUAUCCGCCGACAUCAAUCACGGAACCUGACGUGACAAACCGUGGUGGUGGGCUUGAUGCUCUUUUCGCUACACCCGAAAAUUUUAAUAUCUGCUGGGUGGAUGAAACCUCGACAGGGCUUUCGUCUGCAUCGCCCUCUGGCGAUAUGACUGUACCUGACUGCGCGGUUAUUUCCGAUACUCCUACACCACCGAACGUUCUCUCGGCCAUGGAGGCGGACAGCACUCGCAGUCACAAUUGGGCCAUUGCCAAUACCGCUGAAUUGGUGAACGCCACUGCCACCUCCGUUCGGUCUUUUGCGGCAGCCACCGCCAAGCACAUGCUAGGAGCUGCAGGUGUCGUCAUGGGCAAUAUGCCAGACCUGGAUGACGUGGUUGGAAUGACGGAUGAGGAGCUUCGUGCGUUUGCUGUCAAGUCGCAGAAGGAGCUUGAGUCAUCACGCAAAGACCUUGAUUCCAUUGACAAGAAACUCAAUGCUUUGGUCAAGCGGAACAAGAAGCUCGCACAACAGGCUUUGGCCACUUCUGUUGAGGGAUGAGCUGCCUUCAGUGAACUUGGGCAAGGCUAUGCUUGGAUCUGUAAAAUAAGAAUAUGGGCAUUUCCCUGUGGAAUUGUAAACUAUGUAUCAUUACUGUACAAACUCAUGAGCGUUGUGUUUACAUGCUUGGAGUUAGAAGGUUCAAAAGGCGCACUCAUUGAAAAGACAUUGUUUUGUAUCCCGGAAUCAAGGAAACGGGGAAAGUUACAUAGGGUUUUUAAAGUCCAACUCUGCGGCUCUGCAAUUAGCAAUGGACAUA